UGUAUUAUGCAUGUGAUGUCACCUUGUGGUGGACUUGAGCUCAUUUGCAGGUGAGUGGAGGGGAGAAGUGGAUGCUUAGGUAGAUCUUCAAGCAUGGAGCUGACAUCCUCAUAUGUUCGACCAAAGACCAGCCACUUCCUUCCCGCCAUCUCCACCAUUACUUCAAGCCACCGAAAUACGCCGCCCGCCAGUCACACUGCCAACCACUGGAGGACCAGCAGCUAUUACAAGAAUGGCGGCACCAUCCCCAGCUUGCAGCGAGGCAUCCCAGACCUCAUCCGUACCGACACCAUGUUCUACCCCUCCAACAGGAGCACGCUGAGCACCCGCUACACGCCGGACGACUGGUUCAAGUCCAACCAGGGCAACUACCGCCAGUCAGAGGCAUCGCGCAACAGUGCCGAGAGGCUGCGGCGUGACACGCUGCGGCUGAUUCAGGACAAGGAGCAGUUGACCCGUCGCAUGCAAGAGAACACCAGCAAGGACAUUGGGCAGCGCGUCAACGACAUUGCUUUCUGGCGCUCAGAACUGAGCCACGAGGUCGACAACAUUGUGGGAGAGACUGCGGCGCUGGCUGAGGUCAAGCGGCGGCUGGAGAGGGCCUUGGCAGAGACCGAGCGGCCCCUUCAGGUGACUCAAGAGUGUCUCUACCACCGGGAGAAGCGCAUGUCCAUUGACCUAGUUCACGAUGACGUCGAGAAGGACCUUAUGAAGGAGGUGGAGGUGAUAAAGACCUGCCAGGGUAGGAUGAGGCAACAUCUGGAGAGAGCCACAGCCCAACUAGUACUGAACCGGGCGGCGCAACACGAGCUGGAACGAGAUCUAAGCGACAAAGUGACGGCGCAGAGGAUAGACGACCGCUGCCAUCACCUGACGAACACAUCGAAUGGAGUUGGAUUUUUCCGCGGAAUCGAAAGACUUGACCCCUCGCUCUCUCUGCCGGAGUCGUGGUCCAAGUUCACCGAUGACAACGUGCUACACUCACAGGGCCAGCGUGCCGCCUCGCGCAAACUGCGCGAUGAGAUCGAGGCGCUGCUCAAUGUCACCUCCAGUGAAAUGUGGAGUCAGUUCAAUAAUGUCAACGUGUCCUUUACCAGCCGUGUGGCACAGACCACAGACGCCCGCAACAGCCUACAGACUCACCUCGCCAAGACCCUACAGGAGAUCUUCCAGACGGAGAUGCUUAUAGAGUCCUUAAAGAAAGCUCUGCGUGACAAGGAGAACCCGCUGAAGGUGGCCCAAACAAGACUGGAGGAGCGCACCCGAAGGCCCAACCUGGAGCUAUGCCGUGACACCCCACACCACAGGCUAGUGGACGAGGUACGAGAGAUCGAGGACACCAUUCGCAAGCUGCUGGAGAGGCUGCACGAGGCUGAGGGCAGCCUCCAAAAUCUGCUCAGGACAAAAGUAACUCUUGAGCACGACCUUGCCAUCAAAGCCAACUCGCUCUUUCUGGACCAGGAGAAGUGCAUGAGCAUGCGCAAGACCUUCCCCAGUGUACCACGACUCACGGGAUACACUUAAACAAAUGUCAUGGUAUUAAUUCUGAGUGAAUUACAAGGCACAGGAAGUGAGUGCAUUAUAACAAAAUAAUAACAUGUGACUCUUGACAUUUCUGUGUGUUAAUGAACUGCUACGGAAGAAAAAAAUAGUUGUUACCAUUGAAACCAACUUUUGACGUUAGCUUACGGCUUAUCAAUUCAAUAUUUUUCAUUACUUCAAUAAGCGUGACAAUAUUGGAUACACUAGAACCAUACAUUUACCUAAGAUGCCAACAGUAGCAAUGAACUGUUAGCGGUAACAUCCCUAUAGUAUCAAAGUACAGUAAUCAUCUGAUUCCUUGUAGGUGGGUCUAAGAUGAAUAGCAAAUGAGAGUGCGCGUGGUCCAACUUGGCACUUGGUGCCUGCAUGUUUCAUUUUGAGCAGUGAUGGCUUGUCAAUAGAGAGUAAUUACUUUAUGCUCACCCUCAUUGCUUAAUUGUUCACAUGCUACUAAAAAAGAUUUAUCUGUCACACAACCAAAACACUCACACCCACAAACUCUUGUACACACAAACAACAAUGUCACAAAUACUACAGAUACAGUGGUAUGAAAAAGUAUCUGAACCUUUUGGAAUUUCUCACAUUUCUGCAUAAAAUCACCCUCAAAUAGUAUCUGAUGUUUGUCAAAAUCACACAAAUGAAUAAAAAACUGUGUUCGCUUUAAUUAAAACCACCCAAACAUUUAUAGGUUUUCAUAUUUUAAUGAGGGUAGCAUGCAAACAGUGACAGAAGGGGGGCAAAUAAGUAAGUGAACCCUCUGCCUAAGGAGACUUAAAGAGCAAUUGAAACCAAUUUUUACCAAACAUUUCAAGUCAGGUGUGUGCUUAGGAUUUAAAGCUGCCCUGCCCACAAUAAAACAGACACCUGGUAAGAAUUGUCUUGAUGAGAAGCAUUCUCUGAUGUGCAUCAUGGCACGGUCAAAAGAGCUGUCUGAAGACCUGCGAUCAAGGAUUGUUGAUUUGUAUAAAGCUGGGAAAUGAUACAAAACUCUCUAAAAGUCUGGAUGCUCAUCAAUCGACAGUCAGAGAAGUUGUCUACAAAUGGAGAGAGUUUUGCACUGUUUUGCACACAACAUCAUGUGUGGAGGAAAAAUGGAACAGCUCACCAACAUCAACACCUCAUCCCCACCGUGAAGCAUGGUGGAGGGAGCAUGAUGAUUUGGGGCUGUUUCGCUACCACAGGGCUUGGACAACUUGCAAUCAUUAAACUUUUGAAUUCAUUCUUCCAUUAUCAGUUUUGCAGGAAAACCUGAGGCCGUCUGUCAGACAGUUGAAACUAAAAAGAGGAUGGAUGCUGCAACAAGACAAUGAUCCAAAACACUGAAGUAAAUCAACUUUAGAAAACUUCAGGACAAAAUACACGUUUUGGAGUGGCAAAGUCAAAUUCCAAACUUGAACCCCAUUGGGAUGCUGUAGCAUGACCUAAAGACAGCGAUUCAUGCCAGACAUCCCUGGAAUCUGACUGAACUACAGCAGGUUUGUAGAGAAGAAUGGGCCAAGAUUAGUCCUGAUCGAUUUUGACAAAGAUCAGAUCACAUUUGAUGGGGAUUUUAUGCAGAAAUGUGAGAAAUUCCAAAAGAUGCAGGUACUUUUUCAUACUACUGUAUGUAUUGGUUCAGGUGAUACACCGUUCGAUUCAAACGUUUGUUUUCAAAAGCUAUUAAAGAAACAUUUUGAAAACUUCCAGAAUAAACGUCUGGAUUUUAUUAGGAAAUUUAAAUUGAAAAACACAAAUUACAUUAACAUACACAAGAAAUUACAACUUGCAAA